AUGGGUCUUUUAUAUCUGGGAUUUUAUGGGUAUCAGUUGCUGGAAAAAUUAGAAGUAUAUAGGUAUCAGUUGCCGGUGAAACAGCACCUCGGUGGUUCACUGUCCGGUUAUCUUGCAGUUCAGACUCCUACAAAGAUGGUGAAUGCCACUAAAGGGUUGUUCAUAUCCUGUGACAUACCUAUGGCACAAUUCAUCAUCAAUUUGAAUGCUUCGCUACCGGCAUCGCAGAAGUUCAUUAUUCAUAUUUUGGACAGCACUCACAUGUUUGUCCAAUCCCAUGUGUCUGAAAUGAUACGAAGUGCAAUUGCAGACUUCAGAGAGCAGAAUUCCUAUGAGAAGCCUGCUUAA